AUCCUGAAGCAGCUCAUCCCUCUCCAUUCAUGAAUCUCCUGUGACGUCAGAAGAGCCCUGGGCUCUCAUUGCAGUGGGCUGCAGGAUUGCGUGGGUGGCAUCUCCCCAGCCCCUACGAUUUAAUUUCCCCAAACCCCCCUCACAUCUCGCCGUAUCUAUAUUUGCUGCUCCAUUCCCAGACCUUUCUGCUCCUUGGCAUCUCUAAAGGCACAACAUGGAAACCAGCCUGAUGCAGCAAUGGCCAUCGGAUCCACUUAUUAGGGCAAAGCUGAGCUGAAGGGAUCGCCUCAAGCAGCGGCGUCCUGGGGUUUACCUGCCCCAUGCACAUCGAUGGUACCAUGGCCAGCCCGCACGAGCCCUUGACCUGGUCAUCUUCUCCAAAUCUCAUCGUUGAUACCAUACGGGAGGAUAAAGAGUAUAUAGUGGAGUUUGGCGACCACACCGCCAGCCACCAUCAGCCUCAGGAGAUCCAGGAUAGGUGCGAUAACCUUGAAAAUGCCAGCAGCCCGGUCACAGCGGCUGUCCUCACCUCCAUCAGCGAGGACUCCAGGGACCAGUUUGAGAACAGCGUCUUGCAGCUGAGGGACCAUGACGAGGCGGAGAAUGCUGCCCCUCAGGGUAGUAGUCACUCAGGAGACGGAGGCAGUCAUAGUGGCACCGAAGACAUCAAGAUACACUUCAGCCGCUCGGGCAGUGGAAAUGGGGGCUUCUUGGAGGGGCUUUUCGGCUGUCUACGGCCUGUGUGGAAUAUGAUCGGCAAAGCCUAUUCUACCGAUUAUAAACUGCAACAGCAAGACACUUGGGAGGUUCCCUUUGAGGAGAUUUCGGAGCUGCAGUGGCUAGGGAGCGGGGCGCAAGGAGCGGUGUUCCUGGGGAAGUUCCGAGGCGAGGAAGUCGCCAUCAAGAAAGUGCGAGAGCAGAAGGAAACGGAUAUUAAGCACCUACGGAAGUUAAAGCAUCCCAACAUCAUUGCUUUCAAAGGCGUCUGCACGCAGGCCCCAUGUUACUGCCUGAUCAUGGAGUACUGUGCUCACGGACAGCUGUAUGAGGUGCUCCGGGCCGGGCGCAAGGUAACCCCCAGACUUCUGGUGGACUGGUCAACUGGGAUCGCUAGCGGCAUGAACUACCUCCACCUGCACAAGAUCAUCCAUCGAGACCUCAAAUCACCCAAUGUCCUAGUCACCAUCAUAGAUGCUGUGAAGAUCUCCGACUUUGGAACCUCCAAAGAACUUAGUGACAAAAGCACCAAGAUGUCGUUUGCUGGCACGGUGGCGUGGAUGGCUCCAGAGGUCAUCCGCAAUGAGCCGGUCUCAGAGAAAGUGGACAUCUGGUCUUUUGGGGUCUUGCUGUGGGAGCUGCUGACGGGAGAAAUCCCAUACAAGGAUGUGGAUUCAUCUGCCAUCAUAUGGGGUGUGGGCAGCAACAGCCUCCACCUGCCUGUCCCCUCUACCUGCCCUGACGGCUUCAAAAUCCUCAUGAAGCAGACAUGGCAAAGCAAGCCCAGGAACCGUCCCUCAUUCCGACAGAUCCUCAUGCACCUGGAUAUCGCCUCCUCUGACGUCCUGGGGACACCGCAGGAGACAUACUUCAAGUCACAGGCUGAGUGGAGGGAGGAAGUGAAGAAGCAUUUUGAAAAGAUUAAGAGUGAAGGGACCUGUAUCCACCGCCUGGACGAGGAGCUAAUCCGCAGGCGCAGAGAGGAACUGCGACACGCAUUGGAUAUCCGUGAGCACUAUGAGCGUAAGCUGGAGAGAGCCAAUAACCUAUACAUGGAGCUCAGCGCUAUUAUGCUGCAACUGGAGGUCCGCGAGAAGGAGCUAAUCAGACGUGAACAGGUGGUGGAGAAAAAAUACCCUGGGACAUACAAGCGUCACCCCGUCCGUCCAAUAGUACAUCCUAAUGCUGUUGAGAAAUUGAUCAAAAAGAAAGGCACUUCCUCUAAGGCGGUUACUCAGACAAGACGCCCGGAUCUGUUGAAGUCUGAUGGCAUUACCAACGUGGAGGCAAAUGCCCCUAAUUUGUCUCCCAUGUCUGGAAGUCCAAAGACAUCAUCGGGAGGGAAGAGUCGGUACCGCAGCAAGCCACGCCAUCGGCGAGCGAACAGCAAGGGCAGUCAUGCGGACUUCUUAUGUGUUCUAAAAAGCCAGGAGACUCCUUCAUCAUCCCAAGCUAUUUAUAAUCUGCCUCCCACCAAUCCCUUAUUCACCCCGCCCAUCCCUCGUCUUGAACCCACCCAGCCUAUGUUGACACGCCACCCAACCCUCAACAUGCAUGGACAGAAUAUAGCGAACUGUGCCAACAACUUGCGCUACUUCGGCCCUGCAGCCGCACUACGAAGUCCUAUGAGCUGCCAUGCUCAGUGGUGCAUGUCUGGGUCUAGUCCCGACCUACUGUCCACCACUCUGGAGGCGGACAGCCGCAUUCAGUCUGAAGGCAACUGGGACUACUGUCAGCAGGAUCCAUACAACCCAUGCCCGGGUUGUAUCGAGACCUCCCCGCAGCCAGACAUGGACCAGAAAUCCUGUGAAAACUCCAGAGGUAACACUACAGAGCUGAGGAACCCUGAAGGAAACCCACCAGAGUCCCCAAGGCACAGCCACAUCCAAGAGGGAUCCGAGACACAGCAGGGCAGCAUUGACCAAUUCCCCAUUAUUAGGGCGGCAGUCGGUGUGAGCGCCCUAACCGUUCCUACGCCGCCUGCGCUCCCACGAAGGAUACGUUCUCUUAGAAAGAAUGGAGACGAAUCAUCGGAGGAGGAAGAAGGAGAGGUCGACAGUGAGGUAGAAUUUCCCCGGAGACACCGACCUCCCCGGGUGAUGAGCACUUGCCUGUCCUAUUCCACCUUCAGUUCAGAGAACUUCUCAGUGUCCGAUGGGGAGGAGGGAAACACGAGUGAUCACUCCAACAGCCCCGAUGACAUGGCUAGAAAUCGCAAGGACCAUUUGGGCGACAAGUUGGAAGACCGGCUGUCCCAGACUCCGGAAAUUCCCAUUGAGAUCUCCACACAGUCGGAUGGCCUGUCUGACAAAGAGUGUGCAGUGCGAAGAGUCAAAACUCAAAUGUCUUUGGGCAAACUGUGUGCAGAGGAUCACAGCUAUGAGAACCCAGGCAACUUUGCAGAGUCUGACUGCGACACCUCGGAUGGAGAAUGUUCUGACGCCACUGUAAGAAUCAACAACCCCAGCAACUCCUCCACCUGGUGAAGGCGCAAGAGCUGUAUUCCACUGACCCAACAUCUCCCAAUUCCCAACGGUUCUAGCAAUGUAGAGCAGGGUCCUCCGGCCCACUCCCCUUUUCCCCUUCAUCUCUAAGUGUGACAAUUCCACCGCUAAGCAAGUGGUGGCAGAUAUGUUGACGGUCCUGCAAAAUCCCCCUUUAGGAAUAGGGUCAUCCGAAGUCUGCAAUAAUGAGGGCCCAAAGACUCGCUGGUGACCCCUCUGUAACAUGAACAAGCUUCUCAUAGGGAGCAUUUCAAACCACGAAUGGCAGGGAUAAAUAUUGUAACAAAACUGUCCAAGGUACUGUAAGAUUCCAUAUUUAUUUUUAUUUUCUGUGUGCGUUUUGGACCCUUUUUAUUGUAAGAUAGACUUGAAAAGUAAAAUAGCACCAAGUGAGCAGAUCAUUGCGAUAAUUCCUGAGGGACCUGCAGAUGGCUGGAGGAUUUGCUGCUGUUUUUUUUUUUUAGGGACCAAAUAUUUCAUUUGGAUUCUACUUCAAUUAACCUUGAAAAUAAGCCCUUUCUAUUUGAAGACUGAGAGCUAUACGUAUGCUUAAGAACAAAGCCUAGGACACACACAGUAUCAAUGAGAAUAAGGUCGUUGAGAAACGUCUCUGCCACUUCCAUUAGUAUUGCUGCAUGCAACGGCAAAAAAACGUACAGUCAUGGCGGAUAUCCUUAUGGCGGCAAAAGCAGCACGUGACUGAAAUCUUGCUUGACGUUUUGCAACAAAGCACGGUAGAUUCCUGAAAGAACUGCUUGCUAAGGUGUGAACCAUGUUUUCUACAUGCUCCUUAAAUCUUCUUUCGCUGCUGAUAAUUACGUUUAAGAACCUUACGCCCUUCCAAAAAAAGCCCGGAUCAGGAGUGCGGCCAUCUUUAAGCUAAAGCGGUUGGGGCAAGCUUUUACAGACUCUGUUCGAAGACACCAGCACUAGGAAAUGUCUCCUAUCAUGUUUGUUUCAUUUCUCUCCCUCUUGGGAGACCGAUGAGAUUUUAGAGCGUGGAGAGGUCACUUGGCGUCCCACUCAGGAGGGAUCUCAGCCAUAUCUCCCAUUGCCUGAUAGUAACGACCUCUCCUCUCUCCAAACACAUGUCCCGUUUCCCAUAGAGGUAGGAAAGUGUCCUUUGCAGUGCAGCUUUCACAGCCAUGUAAAAGCACAUAAUGUGAGUAUGCAAGAUUGAUGGGAACGAAGCAUCCCGGGGCAGUUCUGUGGCCCUGACGUUAUUUAGGAGCAGAUAAUUCUAGCGAUAUUUCGUGAAGGACUUCCUGCUAUCUAACCCACCUACCUUACCGCCAAAGUUGCCCCGUGUGGUGCGUUUGCUUCCAAUAAAAAUGACAGGAUUUAUGAGUUCUUCCUGGAGAAGCUGAAGGAAGAGAUGAAGUGUAUGCACCCCAGAAAAUACACUAUCCGGCUUAUUGACCCCCCCAUUUUUUCUCACACUGUUGACUGAAUAUUUAUUUUUUUCCCCCCUGAAACGUCUGAUCCGGUUGCCCUGAGAGACUGCACUUAGAUUACAUUACAGGGAGCAGAGUUUGUUAUUGGCUAAAGGAUGAUCCAUGCAUUUUUGGUGCUGUGAAGAGAUUUGAUUUUUGUGGCACCCCAGAAGUCACACGUCCCAAUUUUCCCUUGUCAAAGGGGUCGUCUGUCUUGUGACAUAACUCCAAAGUCAAUUAGCCAAUCAGAAUUCACCGUACGGAGCGGAUUAUUCUUCCUUUUACUGUGUUAUGUCUGGUUGUUGUUGUUUUUUUUUGUUUAUUAUGUCUUGUCGUUAUUUUAUGUGUGUUAAGCCAUAAUUUUAUUUCUAUGGCAAGUAAUUUAUUUCCCUGAAAACCUCAGGACCCAGAUUCAGGUGAACGUUUAUUAUAAAUGGACCCACGACUUACAUUUUGGGCAGGGCCAGUAUUCAUGUAUCAAUACACCAGGAGCCAGUGACAUCACGGAAAUCUGAUUUAUGGGCUGUUUCAUACCUCGCUGAUGUCACGCGUUUCGAGCGAUUUGAGACUGAAUACUGGUUUUGCCCAUGAAGAGGUGAACUGCGCUGUUUGCAGACAAUAGGUCCUCUUUCAGCUUGGGGCUCAGCUGGUCACUUGGUCCUCACAGCGUAGAUCUCAGUGUAAUCACCUGAAUCUGGCAAUGCUUUAUAUUACUUUUGAAUUUGUUUACGCAUAUCUGUACAUUUAACACUUCUGUUGCUGGACGGAACAAGCAGACUACUCUAGAGAAUAAUUAGCGUAGUCAGCCACUGAAAUCACUGGCGAGAUUCAUUGUACAUCGAGACUCGGCUUGGUGGUAUUUAUACUAACUUACCUAUUGGCCUUAUAAUUGUGAACAAUGAUUACUCAUCUAACAUCAUUCUAUGAUAUGGGGGAGAUUUAGCAAACCUUAGAAAGAAGAAAAGUGGAGGCGUUGGCCGUAGCUCUCAUUAUAUAGAAUCAUACCCCCCAACUGUCCUGCAUUUCAGGGACUGUCCCCAACAUCCCAAACGCAGGAAAUAGCGACCUGCAGGUGAGCGGAAAACACUCUCUCUGCAUCUUCACAAUGCAGGAAAAGCCUGGAGACAGAUGAAAACAGGGGGCGUAUCAUGAAGCCACUCCCCUUCCUGCGAGGCCAUGCCCCCUUUUCAGGUGCGCACACCUUUGGUGCCUGCAGGCAGUGGCGCACCCAGGGGGGGGGGUUUCCGAGCACCCAAAAAAAAACCCUCCACCAAAAACAAAACAAAAAUAUAUAUAUAUUUUUUUUUUUUUUUUGCUGCAUGAGUAUUAUUAAUGGCCGUCUAGCAUCCUCUGCAGCCUGCUGUCUUCCUGGUGGCACUUGUAAGUGCUUAAUAAAAGUUUACUUUAUUUUAAUUAUAGUACAUACAGUAUACAGUUGUGCUCAUAAGUUUACAUACCCUAGCAGAAUUUGUGAUUUUCUGGCCAUUUGUC